UUGAGCCACAGUAAUACAUACAAUGGUAAUAUCUAAAUAUAUGUAACCAGUGAUUACAAGUCAUGAUUUCCGCUACGAUCGUGUAACCACGCCUUCCUAUAAAACGCAAGUUCAAAGUCAGGAGGGCUGUUGUGGUAAAUGUGAGUGUCACCAUUAAGGUCGACCAUAAUGAAGUACAUACUUGUGAUUUUAGGAUUGCUAUAUUUCUUUUGCAUCAGUUCUGCGUUUCAAAUAUCAUACGAUUCUCCAAACAAUUUUGGAAAUUCCUUAGCUCGGGAAAAAAGACAAUUGGAAGAUUUAGAUGCUGAUGAAUUUUCAUCUGGACUAACAAAAGAUGCCCAAGAAGAACCAAGUUUUUGGGAUAGAGUUGUCAAAGUAGCUUUGAGAUUAUUUAACAAAUUUAUAGAAUGGCUUAAUACAUAAAAAUAUGUUGGAUACUAAUAAACUUUAUCCAGUAAUAACCAGUAUUGUUAAAUCAAACCAGUUAUAAUUCUGACUGAAAUUGAAAGAUAAAAUAUAAAUGUUGGCGAUUUAUUAUAAUAUUAUUGAAUAAAAAAAAUGUUUUCUUACCCAAUACCAGAGAUAAUAUAAUACUACAUAUAUUAUUACCCAAUACUAAUUUCUAAGUCAGUUUUAUAUAAUAUAUUAUGCAGUAUUGUAGUGUGGUAGAACAUAAUUACCUAUGUGGAAAAGCUUCAUGAGGUCACAGAAUAAUAACUAGUAGU